AUGUUUGCAGCCACUGGACUCAGAACAACAGUGAGACAGUCUCCGCUUCUCUUCUACAGUAUGUUCACCCUUCUCGCCCUAGCGCUCCUCAUCCCAAUACUAAUACCCUCUUUAGAAUACAACUUCAAUCGUACCUGCACCCAAUGGUACCCCCUUACCAAGAGAAGCUUCACCUCUGCAAGCGGUACCAAUGGUAAUGGCCAUUACAAUUACAGCACUAAUCAAUCGUCAUCGUAUUCCACGUCCGCCUCACCAUUCAGCUAUAAAACCGCCGUGGCCUACCAGCCAAAGGAUAGAGAUGAUCAGAUAUAUAGGAACUUGAAGGAUUCCCUUGCAUCACCUACGGGGGAAGACAACUAUUUUAUUACUUCGUUGGAUAACAAUGAUGAAAUAUUCGCUGCUGUCGCUGAUGGUGUCGGUGGAUGGGCGGAAAGAAACUAUGACUCAAGUGCCAUAUCGAGAGAAUUGUGUAAGGCAAUGGGUCAAUUAACCUCCUCAUCCUCAAUCAAUAAAGUUACUACCCCAAAACAAGUGCUAGAGGUAUCGUUUCAAAAAAUUAAGGAUGAUAAGAUUGUUCAAGUCGGUGGGACUACAGCCAUUGUGGCUCACUUCCAGAAGGAUGGUGUUUUGAAGGUGGCCAACUUGGGUGAUUCGUGGUGUGGCGUAUUUAGAAAUGAAACUUUGGUCUUUCAAACGAAAUUACAAACCGUUGGGUUCAAUGCACCAUAUCAAUUAUCAAUUAUCCCUGACAGUUUGCUUAAAGAAGCAGCAUUGAAAGGUUCAUCGUAUAUUCAAAACGUGCCUUCCGAUGCAGAUGAGUAUACUUUCCAAUUGCAAAAGAAUGAUAUUGUUAUGAUGGCCACAGAUGGUGUCACUGAUAAUAUUAUCACAGAUGAUAUUUCACUGUUUUUGAAAGAUGAAAGUGCACAAAUUCAAAAGAACUUACAAAAUGUUACUGAAAAAUUUGUAAAGAAAGUAGUGGCUCUCAGUAAAGAUCCAAACUACCCAAGUCUUUUCUCGCAAGAAUUAUCUAAAUUGACAGGAAAACCAUAUAGAGGUGGUAAAGAAGAUGAUAUUACCGUAGUUGUCGUGAAAGUUGAAUAG